UUGACCAGAAAUACUAGCGUCGCGUCCAGACUAUUGAUGCCGACGAUGUCGUCGGGCGUCCAGCCCUUGUCCCAGCCGUUGAGUCGGAAAAAGAGCAUAAAAUCGGCGAAACGGCGCAAAACGCGGCUCGAGUUGUCGUCGAAACCGCCGAAGAAGACAAUGUCGACAGAGGAGGAGCGGGAGAUACUGCAACUGAUCCGCACGCGACUCAACGGCUGGGACAAGGGCUGGACGCCCGACGACAUCGUCGGCAUCAAUAGUCUGGACGCGACGCUCGUAUUUCUGGUCAAAUGGACGAAUGGCAAGCAGUCUAUCGUCCUCUCGGAAGUGGCCAAACAUAAGUGCCCACAACUGGUCAUCAGAUUCUAUGAG